AUGAAGGGCAGUUUUAGUUUUUCAUCUAAACUAAAACUAGUUAUGAAUAUCAGAAAAUGGCAAAUAUUUGGGCUGAGAGGGAGAGGAAGAUCGAGGUGUGUGCCAGCGGAUGUGCCAGAAGGCCACCUGGCUGUCAUUGUGGGAGAUGGGGAAAUGAAGAAACGCUUUGUCAUCCCCACCACUUAUGUAAAUCACCCACUUCUCAGCACUUUGCUGGACAAGGCAGAGGAGGAGUUGGGAGUGAAUGAAAACGGACCCAUUCUCCUCCCUUACCAUCCCCUCAUCUUUGAUCGUAAUGUUCUCUUCCUCAUCAGAACUGAUGUGGGUCUUUCACAGCUGGAGAUUGAGCAGGUGUUAAACAGCUCUACUUAUUCUUCAUCAUCUUCAGAGCCUCACCCUGCUCAUAUUCCAAACUUGAUCAUAUCACAAUAUGUUAAUUAGUUGUGUGGAAGAGUUUAAACAGCCUGCAAGUUAGUGCGGUUAAGUUGGA